GAGUUAUUCAAUUCUAGGUACCUAGGUAGGCAGGCAAGGGCUGCAUUUAACAGCUUUGCUCCUUCUCCUCUUCCAGAGAUUCCCAAUAUUCCAAAGCUUCCAGACAUCGGAAAAGCUCAAGGAUAUAGUAAUCUCAACUCUCCCUAUUUUGUAUACCUCAAUUUCAUCCUUUCGAAUUAUAUUCACUUUAGUAUCCUACAACCAUGGUCCCCAUAGACCUAUUCUUACGUAUCGAAACCUAGCUACGAUAAUUAGGCAAAACAGACAUCGACAAUGGCCCACGACCCUACCAUCGAUCACAUGUCAAUCGGCAGUCUUGAUGAUGAUCAAUUUUACAGUGCUUCAUCCAGUCGGAUUACUAGCCGACAUGUCAGCCUCAUUGCGGCAUCGCGUAACCUGGAAGAAGAUACGAUCCACCGCAUAACUCCCUCACAGCCUCCCGCAUCUCCCUACCAACCCGGUCUUUAUACACCCAUAUCCUCACCAGGAACCCGGAGCCCGACAUCACCAGGUGGAUCGAGGUCGAAGUGGGCCUUCCCUUUCCCGAUCCGUCAUCACCAUAAUCCAAAACAUCGUCAUUUCUGUCCGAAGCCAUUAGCCCGCCGCCUGUAUCGGACAUUUCACGGCACAUCAGAUAGCACUCCGUUGCUUCGACCUAUAGCAAACGAACAGGACGCUGGAAUCAAGGGCCGUGUGAAAUACAUGGUUUCGUCUCCUACAUCCCCGAUCGCUACAGAUCGUUGGACUCCAGCUUAUGCUGGAAACCACUCUCCUUGUUCGGAAGGAUCAUUUACGCCGAUUGACUCCCCAUUAGAUAGAUUGGUCAAUAUGAAUAGACGUGGGACCGAUGCGAUAGUUUCUAACAUUCGCGCCUAUCUGUCUAGCAGAAGGCACGACGAUUGCUCAUCAAGGGCAAGCAGAGCCCCAACUGCCAAUGAGAAUCAACGAUUCCCGACGUUGCGAACAGAACGCGGCGUUCUCCAAGGUAAUCAGACGCAAGUUAACGAGGCAGCAGCGGAUAGUUAUUUAGUUACUACACAAGAUAUUGCAGGAAUUCUCGAUAUUGUCAUCGCUGGUAUCCGAUGUGCCCACCAAGAUGGUUCGACGGCAGGAUGCCUUUCAAUGUUGUUGCCCAAGGAACCACUACUAAAACCUGUCCCCAAAGUGAAAGCAAUCAUUCCCGGAUCACCGAGUAUCGCUGAUCCAGCUACGACAAUCAGCUCCGUGAAGCCUUCUUUCAGCAUGGCCAGUUACUCUGACCAUCAUAAACAAUAUCUCGAUGCUUACAGAACCACAAUCAUAUCCCGACAAAGCAUUACUGAAGUUACCUAGGAAUGGUCUUCGGAUAAUGUAGCACAGGAGGUUAUCAGAGAACCUUACGCAAGUGUUGUCGGGUCAUUAGAGGCAUCGCGAAACGUGUCUACCCGUGGCUUAUCUUUAUUCAGUUCAAAUUCUCCAUCCCCAAGUGGUUCUCGAAGAAUGAGUUCCAGACUCAACCCCACAAUUGAGGAGCCAAGUCCUCUACCAGAGCUUGAACCUAGGAGUCCAAGGCGCUCUAUAUCUGAACCAGUCUAUUUGGGGAAUCUAACAUAUCCGAACACCGAGAGACAGUAUCGGAUCUCUACGCUUGCGGCGUCGAUGCGCAUUGCGGCACAAAUAUCCCUCAGUCACUAGAGGUACUAGAGGAAUCGCCUCUACAGACACCAGUUCCAAUAAAUGAUUUCCCUUUCCAGGAGCCGCCGCUACAAUGGCCCGCUCAGCAGACCCGGGGGCUCGAGGCAAUUGGAAAGAGAACAGGCUGUUCUAUCGGCGUAUCUUCACAUCGUCGGAAGAGUAGCGUAAAGCCAAUGGAAAACCGGAUUCCAGAGCCGAACCACAAUAUUCUGGAUAAACUGCGCCGCUACAGCUUCAU